AUGUUUGAAGCCGUUUAUAUCACGGACUCGAAAAACUCUCUAGCUUAUGAAAACUUGGUGUUCCAGUAUGUUCCCACCUUUCUGGCCCUUGCCAACACGCUAAACACUCGAUUCGACAAUCACGAGAGCAGCCCUAUUCAGAUAGUUGAGGUGAGCCGAGAUUACUUCAUUUGUUCCAAGGCAAUUGACAGGACUAUAAUCUAUUUGCUAUGCCUGAGCCGCGAGCUAGCAGAUGGUUUCAAUCCGCUCGCGCCGUUCGUGUUCAUUGAUAAAUUGAUCGAAACGAUGAAAGAGUACUUUGGCCUGCCAUUGACCGCGACUAAAGUCACUGCCAACAACGAUACGCUUAGUCUCUUGCUCCAUCAGAUGAUUGCGGAUGGCUUGCCACAUGUUACUGAUUUCAACAACCUAAAGGACGUAGUCCUGCUGAAAAGCAUUCUCCUGAAGAUAUUGCACACCGGCAACCAGUUGGCCGCUGCUGCCAACAACAAAUCGCUAUCUUCGCUCGCAAAUAAUGGCAUUCCGGCUUCAAACACUGAGAAAAGCCCGGUGCCUUGGAGAAGGGCUAAUGCUAGAUACACCAAUAACGAGAUGUUUGUUGACGUCACGGAAACUGUGAAUGUUAUCUUGGGACCAAAAAAAGCAAAGAAUGGCCUGCGCUUAUCUCUGGCUCGAAACUUCGACUCGGCAUUCUACUCUACCAUGUCUUCCCAGUCAGGCAAGCGACUUGUUCCUGUAACAGGAACCAUCUCGGGUCAGAUCGAGUUUUUGUCUCGAAUCACUGGCGUGCCCGAGUUACAGAUAUUACUCAACUCUGCAAAAACCUACCUAGAGGCUCCUCAGUUUCACAGGUGUAUUGAUCUUGAUGUUUGGAGACGUUCGAAAUCGUUGUCCUUCAUCCCGCCAGACGGACGCUCCACGCUCAUGACGUAUCAGGUCGACCUCGAUAGUCUAUCAAAAAAAACACAACUUGGAAUGUUGGGGAUUCUCGAGUUUGACCUACAAACCGAGCUUGGGAUCCACAAAGACGAGUUUGAGUUGAAAAUAACGACUCUGAAAGACCAAGCAGUGCCUAAAAUCGAGACGAUACACGUCGAAAUUUUUGCCUUUGAACCAUUAGAACUUGAAAACGACAACUUGUCAUCCUCAAAGAUCAAUGAUAUUAUUCCAAACGGCAUAGAUAAAAUGAAAGCUAUCAGGGUCACUGAUGGUGACUUCUUGUACAAAGGUGAAGGCUGCGGUCACUGGGAUAUCAAAAACUUGACGACAGGCAGUCAGCCUUCUCUCAGGGUUGCUAUUCUGACAGUGAAUGAAAUGCAAGACAACCCACAAGAAUUGAGAAGGGACGAACUCGAUGUUGAAUCGGAAGUUCAAACUCACCCUAUCUCUCCGUUGUGGCUCAAAGUCAGUUUUGCGUACAAAGGUGAAGUCCCUAGUGGCUUGAAAAUAGAUAGCUUGAAGUUGAUAUCCUCCAAGGGCAUGGGAGAGUCAGUGAAGCCGUACAAGGGAGUAAAGUAUAUCACCAAGACAGGUGAUUACAGCAUUAGAGGUCGCUGA